GGGCCAGUAAUCAGUCACGACUUGGUAAGCGCGCAGGCAGCACGUCGUCGUCGUCAUCGUCAUCGUCAUCACCAUCGGGUGUCGUGUUUGCAGUUCGAUAAAGAUAAUACCAAACCAUCGUCGAACGUCGCGUAAUAUUCCCGAGAAGCAGAAAUAUUGCAAGAACUGUGCGGGUGCGGCAAAGUGAAGUGAAGUUAGUGAUAUACCGGUUACACCGAGGCUGCGAGAAAGUGCGGUUCCGGCUGGACAAUAUGAUGGACGUAAGCAGCAUGUACGGCAACCACCCGCACCACCACCACCCACAUGCCAAUGCCUACGACGGCUAUAGCACCACUGCCGCGGCCACUGCCAAUGCCAGCGGCUACUUUGCCCCGCAGCAACACCAGCACCACCUGCAGCAGCAGCAGCAGCAACAGCAACAUCAGCAUCUGCAGCAGCAACACCAGCAGCAUCUCAGCUACAAUGGUUAUGAGAGCAGCUCGCCUGGCAACUACUAUCCCCAGCAGCAGGCGCAGCUGACACCGCCGCCCACCGGCAGCCACCAGGUGGUGCAGCAACAGCAGCAACAGCAACAGGCGCAGGCACAGCAGCAACAGCUCUAUCCGCACUCGCAUCUAUUUAGCCCAAGUGCGGCGGAGUACGGCAUUACCACGAGCACGGGGGCCACGGGAAAUCCGGGCACUCCACUCCACCCCAGCAGCCACUCGCCGGCGGAUUCCUACUACGAGAGCGACUCCGUGCACUCGUACUACGCCACCGCCGCCGUGGCCACAGUGGCUCCACCCAGCAACAGCUCGCCGGUGACCGCCGCCAAUGCAAGUGGCAGCGGCAACACCCAGCAGCAGCAGCAGCAACAAGCAGCAAUCAUCAGUUCCGAGAACGGAAUGAUGUACACCAACCUGGACUGCAUGUAUCCGACGACCCAGGCUCAGGCUGCGGUGCACGGGUAUGCCGGUCAGAUCGAGGAGAAGUACGCUGCCGUGCUGCAUGCCAGCUAUGCGCCCGGUCUGGUACUGGAGGAGCAGGACCCCAUGAUGCAGCAGGCCACGCAGUCGCAGAUGUGGCACCACCAGCAACAUCUGGCGGGGGGCUACGCCCUGGACGCCAUGGACUCGCUGGGAAUGCACGCGCAUAUGCAUCACGGCCUGGCACACGGACACCUGGCCAACUUGGCCAGCAACUCGCACCAGCAACACCCACAGCUCCAGCAGCAACAGCAGCAGCAGCAGGCCCAGCAGCAGCAGCAACACCCGCAGAACCAAUCGCCAGCGGCACAGCAGCAGCAACACCAGAUCUCCGUGUCGCCCAACGGCGGAUUGGGUCGCCAGCAACGCGGAGGAGUGAUCUCCCCCGGCAGCUCCACUUCCUCCUCCACCGCCUCCGCCUCGAAUGGCGCGCAUCCUGCGAGCACACAAUCAAAAUCGCCAAAUCAUUCCAGCAGCAUUCCCACCUACAAGUGGAUGCAGCUCAAGAGGAAUGUACCCAAGCCUCAAGCAUCGAAACUACCUGCCAGCGGGAUUGCCAGCAUACACGACUACCAGAUGAAUGGGCAGCUGGACAUGUGCCGUGGUGGCGGGGGCGCGGGCAGCGGCGUGGUGAGCGGUCCUGUGGGCGUGGGGGAAGGAUCCGGAUCCGCUGGGAUCGGAGGCGUCCUGGCCGUGCAGAACUCCCUGAUGAUGGCCAACAAUGCGACGGCGGGCAGUGCCCAUCCCAACGGCAUGGGCGUGGGCCUGGGCAACGGGUCCGGAUCCGGACUGAGCAGCUGCAGCCUCUCCAGCAACACCAACAACUCCGGCCGGACGAACUUCACCAACAAGCAGCUGACCGAACUGGAAAAGGAGUUCCACUUCAAUCGCUACUUGACGCGGGCGCGGCGCAUCGAAAUCGCCAACACGCUGCAGCUAAACGAAACUCAGGUCAAGAUCUGGUUUCAGAACCGUCGCAUGAAACAGAAGAAGCGGGUGAAGGAGGGUCUCAUUCCGGCGGACAUCCUGACGCAACACUCGGCGCCCGUGAUCAGCGAGAAGCCGCCGCAGCAGCAGCAACAACAACAACAACAACCGCCAGAGUUGCAGAUGAAACCGCAGGGCAGCGAUCUGGGCGGGAAUGAUCUGAGCUCGGGAGCAACUGCAGCACCAUCAGCCACUUUAUCACUAACAGCACCUACAAGCAAGCAGAGUUGAACACCUUUCUUCGUUGUAGCUGUAGUUGUAGUUGUUUUUGUUAUGCUAUUGUUGUUGCCGCCAAAAUAUUGACGCAUUUCGUUGUGAUAAAUUAAUAGAAAAUGCACAAAAGAUCAGAAAAUCAGAAAUAAUCAACUAAAUAAGGAAAUACAAUAAUUAAAAAAAAAUACUAUGUCAUACACGUAGCAAAUUAAAAUUGUAAAUCCAUACGAAACCGUAAUCAAACGCUAGGAACUUGUGGAAUCGAGGUGCCAUAUUCAUCUAGGGGCUGUAAAUACUUAAACUAACAUUUCGCAUUGCCGCAGCUGUAGUUUAUUGGACUAGCAUAAGCAAAACUCAGGGUUAUAUGAACAAUUUAAAAUACUUAAACGCACGCAGAGCAAUUGACAAAAGAAGAAUACAAACAGAAUCAAAAUGAAAAUCCAAAACUAACAUAUUUAAAUCUAUUCCAGAACUACACCAUUUGUAAGACCCCUCCCCAUUCCCGCCACCACAAACUCGUCUGUAGUAUUAUUAGCUAAGUUUUAGGAUGCCCCCAAGUUCUUCGUUUUGUGCUAGAAAGUAAUCGGUAAAACAAUUUUGAUGUACGUCUGUAUAUUUAAUCUAGUCCUAAUUGUAAUAUAAUUAUAACUGUACAACACAUUUAUGAAUAAACAAUAAACAAACACCGAUUGCAAAUUGUUAA